UUGCAGAGCCACAAACCUCAGCCUCUCCUCGUGCGAAUCUAGUCCACCCUGCUCUUUUUUCGGCUGGAGCCCAGGCGCCACAGCGAGCGGGCGAGCGAGCGAGAAGGGGGAGAGAGGGAGUCUGUCUGCAAAGUGCUGCUCCCUGGUGCUCAGAGGCGGCUGCUCCAGCUCCAGCUCCAACUCUCAUUCAUUUUGCCGGUUAACAUGAGAGAUCAUGGCCGCCUUCGGGCUUCUCAGCUAUGAGCAGAGACCACUGAAGCGCCCCCGGCUCGGGCCGCCGGACGUCUACCCUCAGGACCCCAAGCAGAAGGAGGAUGAACUCACUGCUGUGAAUGUAAAGCAAGGCUUCAGCAAUCAGCCGGCCUUUACCGGAGACGAACAUGGCUCAGCCAGAAAUAUUGUAAUUAAUCCAUCGAAGAUUGGAGCUUAUUUUAGCAGCAUAUUAGCUGAGAAACUAAAGCUGAACACUUUCCAGGACACCGGAAAGAAGAAACCACAAGUUAAUGCUAAAGAUAAUUAUUGGCUGGUUACCCCUCGAACGCAGAGUGCAAUUCAUAGUUGGUUCUCUGACUUAGCAGGAAAUAAACCACUUGCUAUUUUGGCAAAAAAGGUUCCCAUCCUUAGUAAAAAAGAAGAUGUUUUUGCAUAUUUAGCUAAAUAUUCAGUGCCAAUGGUUCGAGCAAUGUGGCUUAUCAAGAUGACUUGUGCCUAUUAUUCUGCUUUUUCUGAAGCUAAAAUUAAGAAACGCCAGCCUCCUGAUCCCAGUUUGGAGUGGACACAGAUAUCUACCAGGUAUCUUCGAGAGCAGCUGGCCAAGAUUUCCGACUUCUACCACGUGGCUUCCAGCAUGGGCGAUGGCCCUGUCCCUGUGCCCCCAGGUGUGGAGCAAACCCUGAAGCAGUGGGAGUACAACGCGAAGCUGGCGUUCCACAUGUUCCAGGAAGGAAUGCUGGAAAAACAUGAGUAUUUGACAUGGAUCUUGGAUGUUUUAGAAAAGACCAGACCAAUGGAUGAUGAUCUUCUUAAACUCCUGUUGCCAUUAAUGCUUCAGUAUUCAGAUGAGUUUGUUCAGUCGGCCUACCUGUCUCGUCGUCUUGCCUACUUUUGUGCCCGGCGUCUUGCCUUGCUGCUGAGCGACAGCGCUGGCCUCCUCGCUGCCCACUCGCCCCACAUGAUGAUAGGACCAAACAGUGCGAGCAUCAGGGCCCCCAGCCCCGGCCCCCCCGGCCCCGGUGUGAGCCCCGUGCAGCUCGCCUUCUCAGACUUUCUGUCCUGUGCACAGCAUGGUCCUCUUGUGUAUGGACUUAGUUGUAUGCUGCAGACUGUCACUCUCUGUUGCCCAAGUGCCUUAGUGUGGAAUUAUUCCACAAACGACAGUAAGAGCGCGAACCCAGGCUCACCCCUGGAUCUGCUGCAGGUGGCUCCCUCCAGCCUCCCCAUGCCUGGCGGGAACACGGCCUUCAAUCAGCAGGUUCGGGCAAGGAUUUAUGAGGUAGAACAGCAGAUAAAACAGAGAGGCCGUGCAGUGGAAGUUCGGUGGUCUUUUGACAAGUGCCAAGAGUCAACAGCAGGGGUGACCAUUAGCCGGGUUUUGCACACAUUGGAAGUGUUGGAUCGACACUGUUUUGACCGAACUGAUUCUAGCAAUUCAUUGGAGACGCUUUAUCAUAAGAUUUUCUGGGCGCACCAAAAUAAAGAUAACCAAGAGGUUGCCCCCAAUGAUGAAGCUGUGGUGAUAUUAUUGUGUGAAUGGGCUGUGAGCUGUAAACGGUCCGGCAAGCACAGGGCGAUGGCGGUGGCGAAACUCUUGGAGAAGAGGCAAGCGGAAAUCGAGGCUGAGAGAUGUGGGGAGUCAGAGGUCUUAGAUGAGAAGGAGUCCAUUUCUUCAGCGUCUCUUGCUGGAUCUAGUUUGCCUGUUUUCCAGAAUGUUCUGCUAAGGUUUUUAGAUACACAGGCCCCCUCAUUGUCGGACCCAAACAGUGACUGUGAGAAGGCGGAGUUUGUGAACCUGGUGCUGCUCUUCUGUGAGUUCAUCCGGCACGACGUCUUCUCUCACGACGCCUACAUGUGCACCCUCAUCUCCCGGGGAGACCUGUCCGGCACCUCCUCCACGCGGCCACGGUCGCCCUCGGGGGAAAAUGCAGAUGAGCACUACCCCAAGGACCACGACGUGAAGAUGGAGGGACAGACGGUUAUGGCACAUAUGGGCAUUGGCUCAGGAACUAUUGAUCUUUCUGAUGAAGUAGACAAUGACUUUAAAACUGACUUGGGUUCGGAAUUCCCAAUUUUUUCUCCUAUGCCUGGAGAGUCCUGUGAGAUCAUCAACCCUUCCUUGGGCAGAAGAAUGUCAGUUAAUGGUGAGAAGCUGCUGAAGAGAGAAAAACCGAGAGAGUUAAUUUUUCCAUCUAAUUAUGACCUCCUGCGACACCUGCAGUAUGCAACACAUUUUCCCAUACCUCUGGAUGAGUCUUCCAGCCACGAGUGUAACCAGCGCACAGUUCUUCUCUAUGGUGUGGGCAAAGCACGUGACGAAGCGAGGCAUCAGCUGAAGAAGAUCACCAGAGAUAUUUUGAAAAUCCUAAAUAAGAAGAGCACCACGGAGACGACGGUUGGAGAUGAAGGACCCAGAGCCAGGAAGAACAGGCAGGAGUCAUUUCCAACGCUGGAGACUGUGUUCACAAAACUUCAGCUCCUUUCGUAUUUCGAUCAGCAUCAAGUGACAUCUCAGAUCUCUAACAAUGUGCUGGAGCAGAUCACAAGCUUUGCGUCCGGGACUUCCUAUCACCUCCCUUUAGCUCACCAUAUUCAGCUCAUCUUCGACCUCAUGGAGCCAGCAUUGAACAUCAAUGGACUAAUUGACUUCUCAAUACAGUUACUAAAUGAACUGAGUGUCGUGGAAGCCGAACUGCUCCUGAAAUCCUCCAGCCUGGCAGGCAGCUACACCACGGGCCUCUGUGUCUGCAUCGUGGCUGUCCUCAGGCGCUAUCACAGCUGUCUGAUCCUGAACCCCGAGCAAACAGCCCAGGUGUUUGAAGGGCUGUGUAGUGUGGUAAAGCAUGUUGUGAAUCCCUCAGAGUGCUCUUCUCCUGAGAGAUGCAUCUUAGCCUACCUCUACGAUCUCUACGUGUCAUGUAGCCACCUCAGAAGUAAAUUUGGAGACCUCUUCAGUAGUGCCUGUUCAAAAGUUAAGCAGACCAUAUAUAAUAAUGUGAUACCUGCUAACUCGAAUUUGAGAUGGGAUCCGGACUUCAUGAUGGAUUUUAUUGAGAAUCCUUCAGCUUGUAGCAUCAACUACUCUAUGCUAGGCAAGAUCCUCAGUGACAACGCGGCCAAUCGCUAUAGCUUCGUCUGCAAUACACUCAUGAAUGUAUGUAUGGGCCAUCAGGAUGCUGGAAGGAUUAAUGACAUAGCCAAUUUCUCCUCCGAGCUGACAGCAUGCUGCACUGUUCUUAGUUCAGAGUGGCUGGGAGUUCUGAAGGCUCUCUGCUGUUCUUCCAAUCACGUGUGGGGGUUCAAUGAUGUACUUUGCACAGUAGAUGUGAGUGACCUUUCAUUCCAUGAUUCACUAGCUACUUUCAUUGCUAUUCUGAUAGCACGACAGUGUUUCUCCCUGGAGGACGUCGUGCAGCACGUGGCGCUGCCCUCUCUCCUCGCGGCAGCUUGUGGAGACGCGGAUGCCGAGCCCGGGGCCAGGAUGACCUGCCGCCUCCUGCUCCAUCUCUUCCGAGCCCCCCAGGCCUGCUUACUACCUCAAGCAGCGGGCAAACCUUUCCCUGGAAUAAGAUCAUCUUGUGAUAGACACCUUUUAGCUGCUGCUCACAACAGCAUCGAAGUGGGAGCAGUGUUUGCUGUUUUAAAAGCAAUUAUGAUGCUUGGAGAUGCCAAAAUUGGCAAUAAUAGUGUCAGCUCUCUAAAGAAUGAUGACUUCACCAUGAGGGGUUUGCGGCGUGAUGGGAAUGCUGAUGAUAUCUGGACUGCCUCACAAACUGCAAAAUCAUGUGGGAGAAGCAUUUCCAUAGAAACAGCCAACUUAAAAGAAUAUGCUAGAUAUGUACUGAGAACUAUCUGUCAACAGGAAUGGGUAGGAGAACAUUGCUUAAAAGAACCUGAAAGAUUGUGCACAGACAAAGAACUAAUAUUGGACCCUGUGCUUUCAAAUAUGCAAGCACAGAAACUACUGCAGCUCAUCUGCUAUCCUCAUGGCAUUAAAGAAUGUACUGAGGGGGACAACCUGCAAAGACAGCACAUUAAGCGCAUCCUUCAGAAUCUUGAGCAGUGGACACUGAGGCAGUCCUGGCUAGAACUUCAGUUAAUGAUUAAGCAGUGCUUGAAGGACCCAGGCUCUGGUUCGGUGGCCGAAAUGAACAACUUACUGGACAAUAUUGCUAAGGCGACCAUAGAGGUGUUCCAGCAGUCUGCUGACAUGGGCAUCAACUCCUCCAAUUCCAGUGCGGGGCUCUUCAACCCGAACGGGAUCGGAAGCACCGAUGCCGGCAGCACAAGGCAGAAUGGAAUAAAGACAUUUCUAAGCUCCUCUGAACGCAGGGGUGUGUGGCUGGUGGCCCCGCUCAUCGCCAGGCUGCCGACCUCAGUGCAAGGAAGAGUACUGAAAGCUGCCGGGGAGGAGCUGGAGAAGGGACAGCACCUGGGUUCUUCUUCAAAGAAGGAAAGAGACAGACAAAAACAGAAAAGUAUGUCUCUUUUGAGCCAACAACCAUUCCUCUCACUGGUCCUUACCUGCCUUAAGGGACAAGAUGAACAACGAGAAGGCCUCCUAAUGUCUCUCCAGAAUCAAGUUAAUCAGAUCUUAAGUAAUUGGAGAGAAGAGCGAUACCAAGAUGACAUAAAAGCACGGCAGAUGAUGCACGAAGCAUUGCAGCUCCGCCUGAAUUUGGUGGGAGGGAUGUUUGACACGGUGCAAAGGAGCAGCCAGUGGACCACAGACUGGGCCCUCCUCCUCCUGCAGACCAUCACUUCUGGGACCGUGGACAUGCACACUAACAAUGAAUUAUUCACCACAGUUCUUGACAUGCUGGGUGUUUUAAUCAAUGGAACAUUAGCCUCUGACCUGUCCAACGCAUUGCCAGGGGGAUCUGAAGAGAACAGACGCGCAUACAUGAAUUUAGUAAAGAAACUGAAGAAAGAGCUAGGAGACAAGCGGUCAGAAAGUAUUGAUAAAGUUCAACAGCUGCUGCCUUUGCCAAAACAGACAUGUGAUGUCAUCACUUGUGAGCCUAUGGGUUCCUUGAUCGACACAAAGGGAAACAAAGUUACUGGAUUCAACUCUAUAGAUAAAAAACAGGGUCUCCAGGUCUCUACGAAGCAGAAGGUGUCCCCCUGGGAUUUGUUUGAGGGUCAGAAGAACCCAGCUCCUCUGUCCUGGGCCUGGUUCGGGACAGUCCGAAUGGACCGGAAGGUGAUCAAGUACGAGGAGCAGCACCACCUCCUUUUGUACCACACGCACCCUAUGCCCAAGCCCCGAAGUUACUACCUCGAGCCGCUGCCCCUGCCUCCCGAGGAGGAAGAGGAAGAGCCCACGUCCCCUAUUUCUCAGGAACCAGAGAGGAAAUCUGCUGAGUUCUCAGAUCAGGGAAAAACCGCAACAGAUGAAGAGAAGAAAACAAAGGGAAGGAAGCGCAAGACAAAAUCAAGCUCAAGAGUCGAUGAGUAUCCACAGAGCAACAUAUACCGAGUGCCUCCUAAUUACUCACCCGUCUCCUCCCAGAUGAUGCACCACCCACAGUCUGCCUUGUGGGGCUACAACCUGAUGGGGCAGCCCCAGCAGCCUGGCUUUUUCCUGCAGAGCCCGUCUCUUCCUCCAGGUGGCUCCAGACUGGACCCCACAGGCUCCUUUGUGCCCACCAACACCAAGCAAGCCCUGUCAAACAUGCUGCAGCGACGCUCGGGCGCCCUCAUGCAGCCGCCCUCGCUGCACGCCAUCACGUCGCAGCAGCAGCUGGUCCAGAUGAAGCUCCUGCAGCAGCAGCAGCGGCUCCUCCGGCAGGCCCAGGCCCGGCCGUGCCAGCAGGGCCAGCCAGGGGACCAGGCUGCUCUCUUUGCUGCACAAGCACGGCCCUCCCCUCAGCUCCCCCAGUAUCCGGGGCUGCAGCAAGCACAGGCCAUGCCCCAAGGCUAUACGAUGUACGGAACCCAGAUGCCUUUGCAGCAGACCCCGCAGCAGCAGGCUGGCAGCGUGGUCCUGUCCCCCGGCUAUAACUCCAGAGCCUACCCAGUUGCGCAUUCCAACCCGACGCUGAUGGAAAGACUCAGACAGAUGCAGCAGCCGCCCAGUGGCUAUAUUCAGCAACAGGCCUCGCAGUACCUGCAGCCUCUGACUGGCUCCCAGAGACUGAAUCAUCAGUCCCUUCAGCAGAGCCCUCUGAUGGGUGGAGGAGUGGAUGCAGUGCUGACUCCCGCACAUCCGAACCUGCCGUCAGUGCCGCUGCCUCAGGACCCAAUGAGGCCCCGACAGCCGCAGGUGCGACAGCAGCAGAGGCUCCUCCAGAUGCAGCAGUCCCAGCAGCCCCCACCGCCCCAGCCGUCCUCGCAGCCCCAGAGCCAGCCCCUCAGUCUGCAGGCCGUGCAGCCCCAGCAGCCGUUGUUUCCCAGGCAAGGCUUGCAGCAGACGCAGCAGCAGCAGCAGACGGCCGCCCUGGUGCGGCAGCUCCAGAAGCAGCUCUCCAGUAACCAGCCACAGCAAGGAGUGACUCCCUAUGGACACCCUUCACACUUCUGAAUCUGGAAGAGGACAAGAUAUGAAGUUUUAUGUUUGCACUGAAAAACAGAAAUCAAAUUUAAUGCAUUAGUUAUCUUUAGAAAUGUCCCUUUGUUAUUUCAAUUCUUUGAAGUUUUUUUUAUGUUUUAUGCUACACUUGUACAAAGGUGUUUAAACAAAAAGCAAAGGAGGAGGCGUGGUUUUGUUUUGUUGCUUUCAGCUUUAAAAUAGGUUUAAAAAUGUGGAUCAUGCAGGCCUACUCCAGAGAGAGUUUGGUAGCAGACUUUUUUAUAUUGGUGCUUUUUUUGAAUCUCAUAGAAAGAAUGAAUUAUGGUAAAUAUAAUAUAUUUAUAUAUUCAUUAAUGAAGUUUUUUUUCUUUUCAAACUGUGCUGGACCAAACUACUGAUUUGAAAGUCAUGUCAGUUCUUGACAGAAAAGUGACCCAUUUAUUCUGCAUUCACCUUUGAUGGUGAAAUGGACAUUUAUUCGCAUCACUCUAAUUUGAAAUGUUUGUAACUUCAUAAGCACUUUAUAAACUUUGUUCUUGUUUAUA